GAGAGAGAGAGAGAAAGACACGGUUGCAUAGACCAAACUUAAAAUUCGAUAAGAAAGUUAGUAGUAGCACGUGAUAUAGAAGUCUUGAACUUUGAACUUACAAUAAUUUAUUGGUAUCUUGAAAGAGAGAGAGAAUUUUCAUGACCAAGUUCUCUUUCAUUUUGAUGAAAGAUUUCCUUUCAAUGAUCAUGUUUGUUGGAUCGAUCGAUCGAUCGAUCGAUCUUUAUUAUAGAAGGAAAUAAAAAGAAGCAAAAUUAACGUUUCGAUUGUGUCAGCUGAUAGCAAUCAAAUCAAUAUGUUUAUUAUUCAUUCACCUGUCAUUAAUUACGAAGUUAAAGCUUUGAAUUCUCCCAAUGUAUUCUCUCAUUCUUACUUGAUUCAUGAAUACUAUUCGUAUGGUAGAAAAAAUAAAAAUAUGAAGAUGCAUUAUAUAUAUACAUACAUAUAUAUAUAUAUAUAUAUAUAUAUGGGCCAACUUAAUGGUCAUGACAUCAACAACAGCGUAACAUCGUUAUUAACGCGGACGACUUGAGUUCGUUCGUAUUACAUAGUAUCCUUGGCCUCCUUUGGAAAUUAACGUUAUUAUGAAUAUGUCGUACCACUUUCUUCUAAAUGAUUUUCAUCAGAGUUUCUAAUUUUUUAUAAUAUAAUUUUUUGUCUCUUUAAAUUAUCCAAUUAAAUCUUUCCAAAGGAUUAUCCAUAAAAGAUUGAUCUGGAUUUAUAUUCGAUUGUUUCUAUAUUCUUUGGAAUGAUUUAUAUUUAAACAUGAAUUCUCUUAUGAAAAAUCUGAUCACUAUAUAUAUAUAUAUGAAGAAAUCUUUGUUUUCGUUGUACGUGCCCAUUCGCUCUAGUCACACCCGCUUAACAUCGACUAUGCAAGUCGAAGGUGUGGCUUUAUGUAAAGCAUAUGGCUGGGAAUUGCCAUUUCUACGGUUGUAUUAUGGAAACGUGAAUGAUGUUGUCAUCGAUACCUACAACCCAUUCAACGAUCACGUCUAUAACUAUUGAAAAUCACUCGUGAAAUAAUUAAUAUUAAUAAAGGAUGAAUGUCAAGAAAUUCCUGUUGUAAAUUAUCCAAAAAAAAAAAAAAAAGAAAAAAAAAAAGAAAGAAAAGAUCUAGAAAAAGGACAAAACAAAAAAAGAAGAAAAUAAAAUAAAAAGAAAGAAAGAAAGAAAGAAAAGAAAAAGAAAAAGAAUCUCGGGAAUGCACUUAAGUGACAAACGCAUCGAUGAAAUCUUUGCAAAAUUAAAAUUAUAUUUUAUCUAAUAUUACAAACCGCUAUUUUUUUUUUUUUUUUUUUUUUUUUUUUUUUUUUAUUUAUUGAUUUUAUUCUCCUCGUAGAGAAAAUUCGUUGAUAAUUCUGAAAUGUAAUCUAUCGGUAUAUAGACGUACGAUGUUAAUAUGUAUAGAUUUACUGAUUUUAUUAUCAGUGUAUAUAUAUAUAUAUAUAUAUAUAUCAUUCGUCUUUAUGAAUACGUUUAUAGUACGAUCUGACCCAUUUUAUUUCAUUUUCAUUCAGCAUUAUAGUCAAGAUGUAAUAUAUUGUCUCAUUGCAUCCAGAAUUAUUAAGAAGUUCAUCUAGAAAAAAAAAAAAAAAAAAAAAAAAAAAAAAAAAAAGAAAAAAAAAAUCAAAUAGGAAAAUUAAUGUGUGAAUCUAUUAUUAUGGGAGUUAUAUAUUUAUAUCGUAUCUUACCAGAAAUAGAUAUUUUAAUCUCUCGUUUGAUAAUGACUUUCUUCCGAUAAGCUAAUGGAUACGAAUGGAACACUUGAUUCCAGUAAAUAAUUUACACUUACAAAGAUAUUUUUGAUAGAAUUUUUUGUUUUUUUUUUUUGGUUUUUUUUUUUUUUUUCCUUUUUUUUUUAUGUGAAACGACUUUAUUACGGAUUAAACAGAACAUUAUUGCUUAACAUUUUGUUUUUUUUUUGCUUUUUUUGUUUUGUUUUUUUUUUUAUGUUUUUGUUUUUUUUUUUUAAUGUUGCAUCUCAUAUAGAAAUUACACACUCCUUUUCUGUACUACUGUGGCCUGAUUUCAAGCAAAUUAUAUUGAUCAUAUGAAAUCAAUAUCCUAUAUAUUUUCUGAAAAGUAUUUUAUAAUUUUUAUUUUUUUUCCUUUCUUUCUUUUUCUUUUCUUUUUUCUUUUCUUUUCAAUUGCAGAAAAUACGUGCAAGUUUUUAGUUCUUUUUCUUUAGGUAAUAAAUUGUGAUUGAGUAUAUUUGAUAUCACCCAUAUUCUUUUUUUCUUUUUUUUUUUUUUUUCCAGAAAAUGUCUAUAAAGAUUAAGUAAUAGUAUUAUCUACUGUGUUGUUAUCAACAGAAGUCGACGUUCCAUCCUCUACUUUCGAUUCUUCUUUUGAUUGUACAGUCAAUUUAUGAUAGUAACUUUCAGUUAGCGGUAAGUGAGGUGCUAUCUCACUUGGUUCUAUGAACAAUACUGGAGAUACCUAUUGAAAACAUUUUGUUCUUAUAAUUUAUUGUUUAAAAAUAAUAAAGAAAAUUAUUUUACAUAUAAUUGUUAAAUUACAAUGACGAUUGUACUUACAUGAAUAUCUUGAACUUUGGCUUCCCGAGUUGUAAAUUCUCGUAGAAGAUAAUCUUGUCCAAAUUCGUGAUAAAUGCGAGUAUCCUUUAUUCUUAGCAUGACAUUAUCAAUUCUCAAAAAAUAACGUAGAAGAAUGAAGAAACUAGUAGGCAUUACACGCUAAUAAAAGAAAUAAUACAUAAAGGUGUAUAAAUUUUGAUUAUUAAGAUAUACGAUUGUCAUGUUAUAUUUAACAACUUACAAUUUUAACAGAACAAACGGCGAUGCCAUUAUCAUGAAGCUCAUCUUCAAAAAGUGUUAAAUCAUGAUAAAAUCUAAUUUUUUCCUUUCUUCUCAAUUUGUCUAAAUCAAUUCUAUCUUUUGUUUCUUCCAAAUCAAAUCCAGAUAUUGUACCUGUAUAAUUGGUUGUAAAAGUCCAAUCGAAUGGUUUAACUUUUUCCUCUAAAAAUUCACUGCUUUCGGAUCUAUUAUAAAUUAUUUGAAUAUAUCAUAUGAAUUAUAAAUAUAAUCUAUAAUUUAUAUGUAUAUUAAUUCAAUAGUAAGGAUUAUAUAUUUACCUUGAUUCUUUCCAUGCUUCAGCACAAGCAAGUUGUACAUUGAUUUUACCAUUGGAAACAUAUUUCAAUGCAUCAAGUGCAUUAAAUUGCAAUAUAGCUCCAUCCCGAUGUUUCAAAGUUAAUACAUUAUUUGGAAAUACCAUAUCUGGCAUAUGUGGCAGUUCUAAAGUUUUACUAUAUCUAUCAAAGAUUUUUUUUUAAAAAUACAUAAAUAUUCUAAAAUGAUAACGUAUAAUACAAUAACAAUUAAGAUGUUACAAAAUAAGAAAAUGUCAUACAUGCAAAAUUGACAAGCAGUAGCAUCUUGGUCACCGCAGCCAUUCUCGCUUUUUGAACACUUGGAGUGAAGUAUAUGAGAUUGAGUAUAUUUGAUUUGCCAUGGUGGAAAGACAUGCUCUUCUUCAUUAACAGGUAACCGCAAUAUAUCUAUUCCCCCAUGAACUUUAACCGUUGUCAUGAUCAAAACUUGUUGUUAAAAAAUAUUAGCGUCUUGAUACAUGUUUUAAUUUUUUUUUUUUUUUAUCUUGGUUAUCUAUCUAAGGAUACAACUGAAACGAUAAAGAUUUUAUUUUACUAUCAAUAUUUCUUUUCUUAUAUUUUAUAUCAUCACAAAUUGAUAUUAUCAUUUGGAAAAUUAUGUUUAACCUUUCAAGAAUUCAUAUGAUAAAAUAUCAAGAAAAACUUUCACAACGAACAGUUUUUGGUUAUCGAAUAUAAUUUUCAAAUCUCAAAUAUAUAUAUACAUAUAUAUGUAUAUAUGUAUAUAUAUAUAUACACGUUUUUCUUUAUUCUCAAAAAUUUCCUCUUCUUAAAACAAAUAAAGUAUCAAUAAACAACAAAACUAGCACAAGUUUUUCAUGAUGAAAACUGACGAAAAGUACAAUUUUAAGUUCAUAAUACAGAUCAUAAUAAAUUUAUCCUUACAGUUUCUGCAGCCAGAGGGACCUACUCGUUGCUUAUACCCAGUGAUCACCACGAUAAUAACCCGCCAAUAAUUUGAAAGAAGAAAAAAUACUCGAGUAAUUUUUUAUGAAUGAUAAAUUACAUAUGACGCUUGGAGUGGCGGGUAAAUUGAAUUGAUAGAUAAAACCGAAGAGAUGGAGUUCCGUUCGAUCUUAUUCGGGAGAGACGUGUUUGAAGUUAUCGAAGAUCAUUGUGGAAUCUGCAUCAGUCCGCGACGAUUGCUUGUUCCGUUUGCACGGUUCCUGUUAUUGGAGACAGUCAAUUUAUUCGUUUAUAUAAUGACAAUUAAUAAAAAAACAAAUUCGUCUGUCGAACUUGGUCAAUACAAUGGAAUUACCAAAGAUAUUAACGGAUCAGAAUCUUCAAAUGAUAUUCGAAAUUCUGACAAAGUUAAACCAUAUUUACGAGAAGAAACUAUGAGAAAAAUAAAAUCGAUCGCUGGACAUGUUGGACUUUUAAUUACAUUGAUGCUUUAUACGGCAGCCGGUGGUAUGGUAUUUCGACAGAUCGAACUACCGGCUGAAUUAGCAAGAUUAGAAAGAUUACGUACUAAGUUACGUACGCAAAGAUACAGAUUUCUCGAUACGAUUUCUAACAAUACCGAUGUUACCAACUUGAGAACUCUGGUGAAUGUAAAAUUACGAGAAUACGAGGAGGCAAUUCAAGAAACUGCCGAAGCUGGUAUGUUGGUCAGUUUUGUUACAGAAGCUAUAGAACAGGAUGAUCGAGGAUUGAUUGAGUUACCACCGAUUUCUACCGAUCGCUGGAGCGUCCUUCAAGCUGUAUUUUUUGCGAGCACGGUUCUCACAACGAUCGGGUACGGUAACGUAGUACCAUCAACGAACUAUGGAAGAAUCUUUUGCAUACUCUUCGCCAUCAUAGGAAUUCCUUUAACUUUGACGGUAAUCGCUGAUUGGGGCAAACUUUUCGCCGAGGCUGUCGUCCAGUUAACCGUAAUAGCAAAAUCAAGAUUAUCAUUUAUAACAGCUACACCAUGCUUCACCAUGAAUCUAGCCGGAAGGAGAUCAGUUGGCGCAGUCGCAGCGGUCGCAUUACUUUUCGUAUAUCUGGCGUGCGGUGCAGGUAUGUUUAUGCUUUGGGAAGACGAUUGGGGCUUUUUCGAAGGAUUUUAUUUUUGUUUUGUGACGAUGACAACCAUAGGAUUUGGCGAUCUUGUUCCAAAGAAGCCAAAGUAUACGUUACUGUGUACCUUAUACAUCCUGGUGGGCUUAGCAUUGACCAGUACAAUCAUAGAACUGGUAAGAAGACAGUACGCUCAAUCUUGGAGAAGAUUGCAAGCAUUGAGCGGACCAUUGGCAGAAACUAUACGGAAAUUGGGUGAGCAUGCUGGCGGUGAUAUGUCUGCUCUUCAUUCUGAUCUCAGAAAAGUAUUAACGGUGGUCUCUAUGCCACGAUUAAAAUGGUCACAAUCGGAUCGAUCUGAUUCCAAAGAAAAAGAAUGGGAAGAAGCUGUUGAAGCUGUAUUACGAGAUAUCGCAGCAUCCGCGACGGCAACACCUCCGAAAAAACCGAUCGUACAAAUCGUCGUUUACGAAUCGAGCGUUUAAAUAAUCUUAAAAAAUUUCGAUCUAAUUCAUUGCAAAUAUAAAUUCGAUAUUUUAGAAAAAAUAAAUUUAUGUAGAUCGACGAUUCGAUAUUAUAAAUAGUAACAAGUAGAAAAUUAAUAAAAAAAAAAAAAGAGAAGAGAAAAAAUAAAUAUAUAUAUAUAUAUAUAUAUUUCAUUACGAUCGACAUAAAUAUAGUUACGAGAAGAGAAGAUAUAACAAACCUAUUUGAAUUUCCCGCGUUAAGGUAAAGCUUACGAUUUUCAACACGACGUCAUGAAAGACCUAGAAAUAAAGAGUGUAAUCGAACAAGGCAAAAAAAAAAAAACAAAAAAAAGAUUAAAUUUACGAUCAACGAUUCUCUACGUUAAAUAGAAAUUAUUCGAAAAUUACGAGGGAAAGAAAAAUAAAAUAAAUGAAUAAACAAAUGAAUAAAAUAAGCGUAAAGUUACGUAGAUGCGAAUCGCAAAAUUGAAUUUGAAUUUCCCGCGCUGCGGCGAGUUUCCAAUUCUCGCUGACGUCACCAGAAAGUGGAAGAGAGAGAGAGAGAG